ACCAGAGCGCGGGCCGGAUAUUUCUCCGGGGCUAUAAAUCCGCGGCGGCUCGCGCCUCGUCUCCGCCCGCCGCUGCGCUGCGCUCCCCCUCCCCUCGCACCCGCAGGCUAGGGUUCUCCUCGAGAGGCGGCGCCAUGUUGGUCUACCAGGAUCUGCUCACCGGCGACGAGCUCCUCUCCGACUCGUUCCCGUACAAGGAGAUCGAGAACGGCGUGCUCUGGGAGGUCGAGGGCAAGUGGGUCGUCCAAGGUGCUGUUGACGUGGACACUGGUGCCAACCCUUCUGCUGAGGGUGGUGAGGAUGAGGGCGUUGACGAUCAAGCGGUAAAGGUUGUCGACAUUGUCGACACAUUUCGUCUUCAGGAACAACCUGCCUUUGACAAGAAGCAGUUUGUCACAUUUAUCAAACGCUACAUCAAGAACCUUACCGCCAAGCUGGAUCCGGAGAAGGCUGAUGAAUUCAAGAAGGGCAUUGAGGGUGCCACCAAGUAUCUUCUUAGCAAGCUCAAGGACCUUCAGUUCUUUGUUGGCGAGAGCAUGCAUGAUGAUGGGAGCUUGGUGUUCGCAUACUACAAGGAUGGAGCCACCGACCCGACCUUCCUUUACUUUGCGCACGGGUUGAAGGAGAUUAAGUGCUAGGCGGGCGUGUGCCUUCGACCCUGUGCUGUUAUAAUCUAUGUAGUACUAUCCUUAAUUUUGUUGCUGUCUGUUUGCUUGAGAAUAUUGUUUUGGAAACUACUGAACUAUGUCUGGAAAGGCAAAAGAUACAUUGGGUCUGUUACUCCCUGUGUUUCUGUGAUCAUUUAUCAUCA